AUUGGGAGCUAAGUUGGCAGCGCACAUAACGGACGAUCGAUAGAAUAAGACAGAAUAAUUUUAAUCCAAAUAUUGCAUCGGCGUUUGUUGGUAUUGUAGUCUUCUACAUUGCGGAAUAUUUUUCAAACUUAUUUCUAAACGUGUCAAAUAAUAAUCAUUCGCGAGUUUCUGUGUUGCUCCGUUCUUGCACCGUUUUUGUGUCUUUCGGCUCCGUGUUUUUCUCUUACCGUGCUUUUCUUAACUUUCAAGGAGUAUUAUAAAUUUGAACAGGCAUUUGGACCCAUCGUUACGGGAACAAGUCUUAGUGAGAAAUAGCUCAGCUCCACCAAACAUUUUAAAAUGCAGGGUCAUACACUAAAGCCAUAAAUUAAAUACAUAUGACUAAAUCACACAGCGUAUAUAGCAACAAUCGAACUCUGAGGGUAUCAAAAGCUUCGUCACGCAAAAGUUUCCAUAUCCACGUUUUGUUUUGUGUGUUUGCGCUGUUAUCUUUCGCGCUAUUCUUUCCUUUCCUUUCCCCUUCGCAUUUACAUGUGUCACUUUCGCACGACCUUGUCCGUAUGCAUAUAUAAAUAAAGCGACAGCGUGGGAUAAUUUUGGUCAAACGCUGGUCGGAAAAUGGCUUGCAUUCCCACCCACAGUCCGUCUACCCAUUAAGGCAGCCAACAAGUGUGUGUUGUGCGUGUAGACGGACAGACACAUAGCGAGAGAGACAGAGAGAGAGAGAGAGAGAGAGAGUGGAGGAGGGAGAAUGCAAAUGCGUAAAUGAUAGAGAGACGGAAGGGAAGCGUAAAAUACCUACGCUAGUCUCGUUUGCAGCACGUGCCAAACACAUUUAUUUACGAGCGAACAUCUCGGGUCUGCGCAGUCUCAGCGACGCGGCGAACUGCAGUAUUAUCCAUGCGCCAGGCAGAAGGAGCAGGACAACGCGGCGCAACCGUCCCGCCACGCAUCUCCAAUCUAAGCUCACUACAUUUCACACUACCAAUAGUAUAAAUAUUUGCUGCAAUCAAUACAGCGAUGAGCCCAAAUGCACAAGCAUGCAGUCGUUAAAAGCUAUUAUUCGCGAGAAUGAUGAUAGUUUUUAUAAUGGGACACUUCUCAAGCAUUCGCUAAACGAUUGAAGCUGUGGCUAUAGAAUGCUCUCAUUCGGAACGGAGAAGUAUUCUGUCCACAGUCGUCACAAAGUGACAAUUAAAUUAGUCAAAGGUGCGAAAUAGAGCAACGCUUCCACGCUUCUGCGGAGUGUCAUACAUAAAAGUGAGAUUUCAUAUGAAUCUCUUCGGAUACAGUGAAAGUUCUUUAGGCAAACAAAUUUCAGUGGGGAAACAGUUCCCUUAGAAUACGUACGUAGUGUCGGAUUCCGCUACGGCUGGAUAGAUAAGGAAAAGCAGCUUUAAAACAAAAAUCAUUCCAUAGCCACAAUUAAGUAUUAAGUAUUCGUGUGGGGGCCAACUAAAUGCUAUGGCUGACAAACGCAUACUUCUGGAACGAUGCGACAGCGCAGAGACGGAGAAGCUGGUCGUGCAUAUGGCCAAGGGUUCAAGGGGGAUGCUCCACCUGACCCAGUCCCGGUCGCUGCCCUGGAGUUGCCUGCUGCGCAGGAAAUCUCUCCUGGGACUUUUAGUGACUUUAAUAUUCUGCUACUUCCUCAUCGGUCGGCCGGAGUGGGUGAAUGUCCUGGACCUGGAUGCCCUGCAUAACGAUAACUAUUACACGGUCCGUCAUUAUUCCGAAGUUCCUGGCAUGGAUGUAUCCGUUAUCGAUCUGGUUGAAGAUAAUGAAAAUAUUAAUUUUGUGCCGGAAGGCUUCCUCGUGUACAGCAAUUCCUGCAAGAUCAAAGAGGUCGAUCCAUACAAACCGGAGGUGAUGCGCUUCUUCAAGCGCGUCAAGUACGUGCCCUGCAAGAAACUGCCGCCCCUCACUAGCGUGAAAUUCAACGAACUCUCCCGGAGCUAUGUCCUCAGCGUCAAUUCGACAGCCUUCGGUGGAUACAAAGUGGGCACUUCGAUUAAUUGCUGCUACAUGGAGGUGAUACGGGUCAAUGAGACGGAGGUGGCUUAUUCCAAGUGCCACCGCUUCAUAUUCAAGAUAGUGCUGCCCAACACGGUGGAGGCAAUCAUUGUGAAGUGCACUUCGAAUGGAGAGCAGAUUUAUAUCAAUGGACAUGCCACGAUACCCAUUAAGGAGGCCGUGCAGCAGCGGCUGAAAAACCGGGUGGAGAAGAAGAAGAAAUUGCGGCCGCUCAGUGUGCUGAUGCUAGGCAUCGACAGCAUAUCUCGGGCUAAUCUUAUCCGGGCCAUGCCCAAGACAGCGCAGUAUUUAUAUGACAACAAAUGGUUUGAGCUGGCGGGCUACAACAAGGUGGACGACAACACUUUUCCAAACAUCAUGGCCCUUGCCACCGGCUACGAUCUUCAGAGUGCGAAAAAGGCUUGCUCUCCGUAUGAGGUGGGUGGCCUGGAAAAGUGUACCUUCAUCUGGAACCUGUACCAGAAGCACGGCUAUGUGACAGCCUACGGGGAGGACGCCACAAAGAUCAACACAUUCAACUAUCUCAAAAAGGGUUUCGUAAAGCCCCCAGUGGACUACUAUCUACGUCCAUAUCUGUCCGCUGCAGAGGACAAGCUGGACCGCACCAUAGUCAUGGGCCUUCCUCACUGUCUGGGCUAUGAGACGGCCGCGGAGCAUGUGUAUGACUACGCCAUGGAGUUCACGCGUCGCUUCCUCAACGACACUUACUUCGGCUUCUUUUGGACCAACACGCACAGCCACAGCGACAUCUCGCAGACCAGCAGCAUGGAUGCGUACAUGGUACGCUAUCUGGAGCGCCUGGUGCGCCAGGGGACGAUGGACAACAGUGUGGUGGUGUUCUUCAGCGAUCAUGGCGUACGCUUCGGACCCACACGGACCACCUGGUCGGGGCAUCUGGAGGAACGACUGCCCGCGAUGUUCAUAUGGCUGCCAACCCAUCUAAAGCGGGCACAUCCAAAGAUUGCUGAAGCUCUGCGCCUAAAUCGCAAUCGUCUGACUACGCCCUACGAUCUGCACAUGACACUGAAGCACAUACUCACCCUGUCCGGGCGAACGAAUGGUCUGGAGUCGCUAGGAUCAGCCCCUUCCUGCCCACAGUGCCAGAGCGUCCUGUGGCCCGUCCCGGAGCAACGCUCCUGUACGGAUGUGGGCAUUGAGGAUCACUGGUGCACAUGCUGGUCGUAUUACAAAAUAUCGACCAACUCCAAGCAGACGCGACACAUGGCGCUACGCGUUGUCGCCCACAUCAAUGCGUUUGUAUACGGGUUCCGAAACGGAUCGGUUUCGAAGCUCUGUAUGCCGCUCUCCUUGGCCUCCGUCCAGUCGGCGUAUCAGGCACACCGGAAUGCCCUUGAUCCGGAGAAUACGCGAACGGUUCGCCUGACCUUUGUCACAACGCCCAGCAAUGCCUUGUUCGAGGCCACGGUGCGGCACAAUCAGACAGACGACAGCAUGACGGUGACUGGGUCCGUUAGUCGCCUCAACGCGUACAUUGGCGAGUCGGACUGCAUUAUGGAUUCGGCUGCCAAAAAGUAUUGCUUUUGCCGGAAAAAGAAAACAGGAUAGGAUACGAAAAGAGGUUAGCCAAGAUAGCCCCAAGUGCCGUUAAACAGAUUUGAAUCUGGUAUUACAAUAAACCUGUACAUAGUGCUUAAGCUAGUCCUAGUUCCCCUUGUACAUACAUAUAUAUAUAUGAGAGUCUCCUGUAUUAUGCUCUAAGAGAUCUUUUGCCAAACUUUAUUUGUAAGUAGCUAUGAAUACUCGUAUGUUUAUGUAUUGGUAGGUCUAGUGGCUGUACUCUUGUUACUUUUUGUUAAUAGUCAAAUUUCCUUUAUUAAAGGAGAGUGUCAAAUGUA